CUUUUAAACCAAUCAGAGGAGACUAUCAGGGAGAGUUACGGUGAUGAGAGUGAGAGGCGGCUCAUUGUGACGUAUGGAGACAUGGCCUGGCUGAAAUACCAUGAUGGAGACUUUGCACAGUCACAAAGCUACUGUCAGAGAGUCGAGGACAUACUGGUGAAGUAUCCCACUGGUUCCUCAGGAAGUCUCCUUCCAGAGGUGUACCGAGAACAAGCCUGGACCUACCUCAAGUUGUCAAAAUCUUACUACUUAAAAGCCGUUGACAGUUUUCGUAAAGCACUUGAGAUACAGACUGAUGACACUGAGUGGAAUGCCGGCUACGCCAUCGCCCUCUUUCGGACAGAAGAGGUCAGUUUUAUAAAGGAAACUGAGGAGCCUCCAUCCAUCAAACAGCUUCACUUUGCCCUGGAGCUCAACCCUGAUGAUGCUGUUCUGCAGUCGAUGCUGGCUGUGAAGCUUGGAGCCUAUAAGAAAUACGAAGAGGCUGAGUGUCUGCUGAAGAAAGCACUGAAAACUGAUCCUGACAACCCUCAUGUCAGCCGCUACGUAGGAAAAUACGUUCGUAAUCAUUAUCAACUGGAUGAGUCUAUUGAUAUGUUGGAGCGAGCGCUGAAGAGGACCACCCAGUCAUCUUUCAUCCACCACCAGCUGGCGCUGUGCUACAAGAGGAAGAAGAUUGCUGAGCAGAGCCACAAGCCCUUCAGCAGCCAAAGAGAGGUGCGGUACUGGAGGCAUUGUUGUAUUCGUGAAUUUGAAAUGGCUGUUAAGAUAAAGCCGACCUUUCAUCUUGCGUGGGCUGACCUGGCACUGCUGUAUGCAGAGGAAAGGAAUUUCAGAAGGGCAGAGGAGAUUUUCCAGCAGUGCUUGUUGAAGUUACCAGAGUGUGAUGAAAGCCUUUCUCAGGCUAUCCAUCAGCGCUAUGGUGACUUCUAUUACUAUCACAGAAGAAAUGAAGCUCAAGCCAUCGUUCACUACACCAAGGGUCUCCUGAUUCCUGUGAAGAAAUAUGAGAAGAAAGUCUGUGCUAAGAAACUGAAGAAGAUCGCUGAGAAACGUCUGUCAAGGAAUCCAGGUGAUGGCGAGGCUCUCGCUCUGCUGGGUCAGGUGGCCAGAGCUGAGGGCAACAGGAAGAAAGCUGCUGAGUUUUAUGAGGAAGCUCUGAACUGUGACAAGGACAAUGAAGAGUAUCUGUCUGCUCUGUGCGAGCUGCGCCUGGAGCUGCAGGGAUCAUCCUCUGAUUAAUCACAAUCACUGCACUCCUGUUACAUCAUACUUCAGCCCGCUGAAUGUGGACUUGAUCCAUGUGCUUUAAGAACUGCACAACCUUAACAAAUGGGCCCUUCAUACCUUUCUGUUAGGUAUUAAAUUAUAAACAACGAAGCAUUACACACAUCAGGGCCACUUUUAUUGGAUGUUUCAGGCAUGUGUGGUGCUGGGUGGAGCUCUGUCACCAGCACCCGAAAAAACAGAGUUUAAAAAUGGUGUUUGGUGAAUUCCAUUAAAUUAAAGUCCAUACUGAAGACUAA